GGGCGUUUUAAAGGUGGGAGUAGAAAAAGUACAUUAUAGACCAGGCGGAGAAAGCUCAUAUUAUAGCCGAGGAUACAUAAUCACUAAUUUGAAAAAAACAAAGUUACUAAGCUGCAAGUUGCAGCCUGCACUAAAAUUUAAGAUUAGUGUCUCUUUUAGUUUUCUAUAAACCUCUAAUAAAUCAGUUAGUUGAAUCACCUUAAUAUACAUAUAACUGACAAAUGUCGAAUUAACUUUUGUCAAAAGUCAAAAUAAAAAGUGUUUCAAAAUUUUAAUGUAAUUAAAAAUUCAUGUUUAGUUUAAAAUUAUGCGUGAAUGUAUAUCAUUGCACAUCGGCCAAGCCGGUGUGCAAAUCGGGAAUGCUUGCUGGGAGCUGUUUUGUCUAGAGCACGGUAUCAAACCCGAUGGUUUUUCCUGCCUCACCAACAACUCCAACUGUUAUGACGAUGGAAACGACACUUUUUUCAUGGAAACGGAGUCGAAAAAGUUCAUUCCUCGAGCCCUUUUCAUCGACCUGGAGCCCACAGUUAUAGACGAAGUCAGAGUCGGCACCUACAGUAGGUUAUUUCAUCCAGAACAGCUAAUAUCGGAUAAAGAAGACGCUGCUAACAACUACGCUAGAGGGCAUUACACCGUCGGAAAGGAGAAUUUAAACUUGGUUCUGGACAGGAUAGACGCCCUUGUGGACCAUUGCGACGGUCUGCAAGGCUUCCUUAUUGUUCAUUCUUUCGGAGGAGGGACUGGGUCUGGUUUCACAUCACUUUUAAUGGAGUCGUUAUCCAAUGACUACCCUAAGCUUACUAAAAUGGAAAUUGCGAUAUACCCAGCACCGCAAAUAUCCACGGCGGUUGUGGAACCCUAUAAUUCCGUUCUUACCACACACACUACUUUGGAGCAUUCAGAUGUAGUUUUCACAAUGGACAACGAGGCGAUUUACGAUAUUUGCGUUAAGCAUUUAGGCAUCGAGAGGCCGACUUACACGAACUUAAACAGGCUUAUAGCACAAGUGGUUUCAUCUUUGACAGCUUCACUUAGGUUCGAGGGAUGCCUGAAUGUGGAUUUGCACGAAUUCCAAACGAAUUUGGUACCGUUUCCUCGAAUUCAUUACCCAUUGCUGUCAUUUGCGCCUUUUGUGAGCUGCGAAAAAGCUUUUCAUUCGAAUUUAACCGUAACCGACAUUACGCAUAGUUGUUUGGAUUCGUCAACUCAAAUGGUAAAAUGUAGACGAAACAAUGGCUUAUACAUGGCAUGCUGUCUACUCUACCGAGGUGAUGUCUCUGCAAAGGAUGUCAAUGUUGUCCUUUCAAACAUAAGAAGAGACAACUCGAUAAAGUUUGUCGAUUGGUGUCCCACAGGGUUCAAAGUUGGCAUCAACUACCAACCUCCCACAACGGUCCCCGGUGGCGACCUGGCAAAGCUUCAACGCGCCGUGUGUCUUAUUUCCAACACCACGGCUAUUUCAGAGGCUUGGACGAGGCUAAACGCCAAAUUCGAUCACAUGUACUCUAAGAGAGCGUUCGUUCAUUGGUACGUUUUGGAGGGCAUGGAGGAGGGGGAGUUUGGAGAGGCUAGAGAUGAUCUGGCGAUGCUGGAAAGGGACUACCAAGAGGUUGCGGGAAAUGGUAAUUUUAACGAGGACGAAACGAAUUAUGAGUGAAUGUAUGAGCAAUACAAAAAAAUGCUUCUUUUCGUGAUCAAUUUUGUAAUAUAUUUUAGAACGAA